CCGAGGGGACCUGAGUGUGAACAGGCAGUGACCGGGCCACUUCCUUCCUCUGUGGGCGAGAUGGCGGGAGGUGAGGCUGGAGUGACACUGGGGCAGCCGCAUCUUUCUCGCCAGGAUCUCGCCACCUUGGAUGUUACCAAGUUGACUCCACUUUCACACGAAGUUAUCAGCAGACAAGCCACAAUUAAUAUAGGUACAAUUGGUCAUGUAGCCCAUGGGAAAUCCACAGUUGUAAAAGCUAUUUCUGGAGUUCACACUGUCAGGUUCAAAAAUGAACUAGAAAGAAAUAUUACAAUCAAGCUUGGAUAUGCUAAUGCCAAGAUUUAUAAACUUGACGACCCAAGCUGUCCUCGGCCAGAAUGUUACAGAUCCUGUGGAAGUAGUACACCUGAUGAGUUUCCUACAGACAUUCCAGGGACCAAAGGGAACUUCAAAUUAGUCAGACAUGUUUCCUUUGUUGACUGUCCUGGCCAUGAUAUUUUGAUGGCUACUAUGCUGAACGGUGCAGCUGUGAUGGACGCAGCUCUUCUGUUGAUAGCUGGUAAUGAGUCUUGUCCUCAACCUCAGACUUCUGAACACCUGGCUGCUAUAGAAAUCAUGAAACUGAAGCAUAUUUUGAUUCUACAAAAUAAAAUAGAUUUGGUAAAAGAAAGUCAGGCUAAAGAACAGUAUGAACAGAUUCUUGCGUUUGUACAAGGUACAGUAGCAGAAGGGGCUCCUAUCAUUCCAAUUUCUGCUCAGCUGAAAUACAACAUUGAAGUUGUCUGUGAGUACAUAGUAAAGAAAAUUCCAGUACCCCCAAGGGACUUUACUUCAGAGCCCCGACUUAUUGUUAUCCGGUCCUUUGAUGUCAAUAAACCUGGCUGUGAAGUUGAUGACCUUAAGGGUGGUGUGGCUGGUGGUAGUAUUCUAAAAGGAGUUUUAAAGGUGGGCCAGGAGAUUGAAGUCAGACCUGGCAUUGUUUCCAAAGACAGUGAAGGAAAACUCAUGUGUAAACCAAUCUUUUCCAAAAUUGUGUCCCUUUUCGCUGAGCAUAAUGAUCUCCAGUAUGCUGCUCCAGGAGGUCUUAUUGGAGUUGGAACAAAAAUUGACCCCACUUUGUGCCGGGCUGACAGAAUGGUAGGGCAGGUACUUGGUGCAGUUGGAGCUUUACCUGAGAUCUUCACCGAGUUGGAAAUCUCCUAUUUCCUACUUAGACGCCUUCUAGGUGUACGCACUGAAGGAGAUAAGAAAGCAGCAAAGGUGCAAAAGCUGUCUAAGAACGAAGUGCUCAUGGUGAACAUAGGAUCCCUGUCGACAGGAGGAAGAGUUAGUGCAGUCAAGGCUGAUUUGGGCAAAAUCGUAUUGACUAAUCCUGUGUGCACCGAAGUGGGAGAAAAAAUUGCCCUUAGCCGAAGAGUUGAAAAACACUGGCGUUUAAUUGGUUGGGGUCAAAUAAGAAGAGGAGUGACAAUCAAGCCAACAGUAGAUGAUGACUGAAGAAUUCCUGUUAAAUAAUACAUUUGGAUGAAUUUUGAAUUUCUUUUAACCUAGGGGUAUGUAUUCAUAGCAAUAUUGAGGAAUUAAUUUCACAGCUGAUUACCUUAGUAGUAGCUAUAAGGUUAUUCUCAUUUUUUGGUGAUUAAAUUUAACCUUUAGUAUUAAAAUAGGAUCUACAAUAAAUGUAAAUUGUCAUAAUGUUGGGUUGAAUCUACAUUUUAGCAGAAAUUAAACAUUGUCAAAUAAUGUCUAAUUUAUAUAUCAGUUUUGAAAUGAAAUAUGUACAGCAGGUUUGAAAUGAAACUGCUAUAACCAGCCUUUGCUGUAGUAUGCAUAUCACUGAACCUGUCUGAAAUAAAAAUUUUCUUCCUAUUUU